UUCCGCGCCAAUCCGCGGGACUUCCUGUUUGGGGUAGCGAGGAGGCAGGCAUGCUUGAAGCGUCAGCGCUGUGUUGACAUGGCCGCCACGUUGUGAGGUCCUUGAGUUGGAGCGUCCAUGCUUUUCGGAGCUGAUGUGUUUGUGUUUUGUUUUGCGUGGUUAACUAUGGCCCAGUUAUUGGCACAAGAGGACAAGGAGAAAACUACUGCACUGAAAGAUUUGCUCUCCAGGAUAGACUUGGACGAGCUGAUGAAGAAAGACGAACCUCCCCUUGUCUUUCCCAAAACCCUGGAGGAGUUUGAAUAUGCUUUUAAUGAACAUGGACAACUGCGACACACGAAAACCGGAGAGCCGUUUGUCUUCAACCACAAGGAGGAUCUGCACAGAUGGAACCAAAAAAGAUACGAGGCACUGGGAGAGAUCAUCACACAGCACGUCUACGAGCGUCUGGAGCAGGACUGUGGCCUGAGGAGACAGACGCUCCCCGUGGAUGCCACGGAAGACGAGCCGAAGACCUUCAUGUACAUGAGCGAGGACGCGCUGAGCAACCCGUCGCGGCUGCUGAUAUUGAUCCAGGGCAGUGGGGUGGUGCGCGCGGGUCAGUGGGCGCGCCGCCUCAUUAUCAACAACGACCUCGACAGUGGCACUCAGAUCCCGUUCAUCACCAGAGCCAUAGAGGAGGGCUACGGGGUGGUGGUGCUGAACCCCAACGACAACUUCCUGGAGGUGGAGAAGGCCGAGGAGCCCGGCGGCGGCGAGGCGGCACCGGACGGCUCGGACGAGCCGGCAGAGAAGCGCGAGCGUAAGGAGGAGCGGGAGAGCAAGAGGAGGACAGACUUCUACGAGAAGUACCGCAACCCGCAGAAAGAGAAGGAGACGGAUCGCAUCCCAAUACGGGGGAACAGUUCACCAGAGGAACACACACUCUAUGUGUGGGACCACUUCAUUUCCACAUCACUUGCCAAAAACAUCUUUGUGGUUGCACACAGUUAUGGCGGACUGUCUUUCCUGGAUUUGAUGAUCCAGAGAGAGGAGGAGGUGAAGUCGCGCGUGCGUGCUGUCGCCAUGACAGACUCCGUCCACAACGUGUGGCACCAGAAUGCCAACAGGUCCAUUCAGGGAUGGCUGAAGGAGCGCUGCUGUAACUGGGUGUCGAGCCCCGAGCCUCUGGACACGCCCGUGGAGCCCAUGUUGCCUGACUGCCUUCACCUCUCAGCAGGCACUGAGAGGCAUGAUCUGACAUCAUGGAGAAGCUUCCACUCCAUCUUCAGGUUCUUCAGCAAACACAUGGAACAGGAUGAAAGUGUGGAGCAGGACGAGGAGAAGGAGCCAGACGAUCGGGAAGUCUCCACCGCCACCCCAGUGUCCAUGCGCAGUUCCAACCGGGCCAGGCACGAGGACUUAUAGAACCUGCUGGAACCCUCCGGAACCUCCCACAGUCUCCACCCGGGCCCUUGCUCAGUUUCCUCUCUUUGCUUUUAAUGAAGAAAACAAAAACACAACCAAAUCCCUCCCUGGGGCCCUCCUCCCUGUGAUGUAUUGUCUGAGGCCCGGGACUCCAUGUGGGCGCGCCGUGUAUACAUCAGAAUAGCGUUUUGCAUUAUUUCUAGAUGAGCGCAACUGUCAAAGCAAUACGGCUCUGCUGUUCGGGCCUCCCCUGGGCUGCUGUCCAUGCCGCUGCUGGCUCUUCCGUGGCCAGAUUAAGGCUGACAGGCGGUUCUGCACAGCACCUUGCUGUGUGCCUCUAAUUGUCCUGACUUCACUCUGAACCGAGCUAAUGCCUGGAAAGCACACACACACACACACACACACACUCACCCCCCAGGUCCUAGAGCCCACCUACAAGCCGGCGCUGUGCAGACCUGUCGUUUCUGUUUGGUUUUUCCCGCUCUUGCCUUGACCUGGGUUAGAUAUGUAUCUGAAGGGCUGGUGUGCUGAGGAACAUCUCAUACUUCAGGUGCUGGAACUUGUGGGCAGUUCUGGAGUUUGUUUAGCACUACGCCACUAAAAGUACUCGCAAUAUGCUGUUAUUCGCUUUCAAAAAUCCCAUAUUUGACACAGGUUUUUCUUUGCCGCCUGCCUGUAAGGGAAAUGAAUGCUGAACGCCAAGUAAUAAUUUAAGCAGUCGCUUUACAAUUCUAGAAGCAUUUGUGGAAUUAAGACACUGAGUCUGAGGAUUUAAUGACAGCCAGGAACAGAAUUCUAUAGAUUUGAGGAAUUGUUUCAAGCUUUCACUUCAUUUUAAGUCACAUACCAAGAGCACAUUUUAGGGAUAUCUUUCAUAAGUGAGUUCAGCAAAUAUCUGCCUACCUGUGAGGACUGAAGGGUUAAUAUUAUCCAAAGUCUAGAAGAGAUUUAUGUGGAGGUUUUUUUUUGUCUUUUUUUUUGCUUUCCUCAUCAGAGCCCCGUUAUGUCUCGUGUUUUAACUCCACAUUGACAUCCUCUGCUUUCACUACAGCACACGUUGUCAUUUUCUUGGCAUAAACAAUAAGGCAUUGUCUUCAGAACAAUGCGGUAUUAGUCAAGGCUUAAAGAUACGCCGUGCAAAUGUGUCAGUACAUCACAGUUUUAACUAAAAACAAUUCAUCUACACACACACACGCACACUCUCUGCCCUAUCAUUUUAAAAUAGUGUCCUGUAGAUCUUUGGAGGUAAACUAUUUUAAUAUAUAAGUGUAAUUUGCAUAUUUUACAUGUAGUUUAACCAAAAUAAAUGAAUGAUGAGUGGAUAUUUGAGAACUUUUCUGACCUGAUCAGCAUUUGAUGACAUUUAAUAUACUUUUAAGAGUUUAGCUUGCAGCUGUUUUGACCAUGGACCAGGGCGUUUACGGUUUACCCUGGUCGAUCUCAGCAUAUGCGAACGCUAUAUAUUAAUUGCAAGAGGCUGCUCAUUACAGCUGAACUGGAUAUUAAAAUCCUUGGAUAUUGAAACGUGCAGUUUUAGGAAUAAAGAAGCUCAUCUGGCUCUCCCUUUUUAUUUCAUUCCUCUUUUCCUAGUUUAGCCUACUAAGCCAUAUGUGAAUUGGUCAUCAGCCUUAAACCAAAUCCAAAUAUACAUUUGAUAUGUAAAUGAUAAAUCUUAACAGUUACUAUUUUUAAUCAAGUGAUUUCUAUGUUUAUAUUGCGAAAUCAUAUUCAGUCUAAAAAUUGUUAGGUCUAUUAUUGCAGUGAUUACACUUAUUCAUGUUAUAUAAAUGGUUUGUGAGUUUUCCAUUUUCCUGUCCUUUUUUCCCGUUAAACUUGGUGGGGGCAGUUUUCAUAUUGCUUGUACGGUCGUCCCGAUUUGACACAACUAUUUUGUAGUCGUCAUCUCAGUCCGUCUUUAAAGAAUUUUGCCUUUAAAUAAUUUUGUCCUGAUCAUACAUGGCCGUAAUCCACUUAAUUUAUUUCCCUUGUUUCUUGCAACUAUCUGCAAAUAUGGCUGCUGCCGAAUAAAUUCUUUUUAAUGACACAAUA